UCGAAACCAAUCGAAAUGGUGAUAGUACAUCCACUUGUACUAUUGAGUAUUGUAGACCAUUACAAUAGAGUUGCAAGAGAUACAAGGAACUUGUUGUUGGAGUUUUGCUUGGAACUUCAUUUAAAGGCAUUGUUGAUGUUACUAAUAGCUAUGCAGUGCCCUUUGAGGAGGAUGACAGGGAUCCAAGUAUCUCCAAGUAUCUGGUUUCUUGACCAUAACUAUCAUGAGUCUAUGUUUUCCAUGUUCCGAAGGAUAAACGGUGCUGGAUUUGACGAUGAGAAGUCACUUCUCAUGUCACAAAUGAGCCUGGAGAAGAGAUUUGGACAAUCGGCUGUUUUUGUUGCUUCGACACUCAUGGAGAAUGGUGGUGUUCCUCAAUCUACUACACCGGAGACCCUUUUGAAAGAGGCUCAAAUGUUAUCAGGUUAGCUCAGAAUGAUUGGAUGGAUCUAUGGUUCUGUCACAGAGGAUAUUCUUACUGGAUUUAAGAUGCAUGCCCGUGGUUGGCGAUCUAUCUACUGUAUGCCCAAGAGACCCGCCUUCAAAGGGUCAGCUCCUAUUAAUCUUUCAGAUCGUCUGAACCAAGUGCUUCGAUGGGCUUUAGGUUCAGUGGAAAUUCUUUUCAGUAGGCAUUGUCCUAUAUGGUACGGAUACAGUGGACGGUUGAAGUGGCUGGAGAGAUUCGCAUAUGUCAACACCACCAUUUAUCCAGUCACUGCCAUUCCACUUCUUAUAUACUGCACGCUUCCAGCUAUCUGUCUACUUACUGGGAAAUUCAUUAUCCCUCAGAUUAGUAACCUGGCUAGCAUCUGGUUUAUAUCUCUCUCUUCCAUUUUUGCUACUGGUAUUCUGGAGAUGAGAUGGAGUGGUGUUGGAAUUGAUGAAUGGUGGAGAAAUGAACAGUUUUGGGUCAUUGGUGGUGUGUCUGCUCACCUGUUUGCUGUCUUCCAAGGGUUGCUCAAAGUGCUUGCCGGUAUUGAUACCAACUUUACUGUCACAUCCAAGGCAUCGGAUGAAGAUGGGGACUUUGCCGAACUCUACUUGUUCAAAUGGACAACUCUUCUUAUACCCCCGACUACUCUCCUCAUUGUAAACCUGGUAGGAGUUGUAGCCGGCAUCUCAUAUGCCAUCAACAGUGGUUACCAAUCAUGGGGUCCACUCUUUGGUAAAUUAUUCUUUGCUUUCUGGGUGAUUGUUCACCUUUACCCCUUCCUCAAAGGUCUCAUGGGUCGUCAGAACCGGACACCCACCAUCGUGGUCGUGUGGUCUAUUCUUCUGGCCUCCAUUUUCUCUUUGCUAUGGGUGCGAAUUGAUCCCUUCACUACAAGAGUUACUGGACCAGAUGUUCAGGCGUGUGGUAUCAAUUGCUAGAAAAAAAUCUCAAGUUUUGCAUGCAAAGCAAAUAACUAGCCUGAAGGUGACUGAAGUAUCGAUGUAAUCAACCAUGCAAAAAUGAGUUCAAGAUGCUCUCUAGCAACGUAAUCUCUCAUGUUUUUCAUCCGAACUUGGGUGUGUGCUUGUUUUUUGUCCAUGUGAAGUUUAGUUUAUUUUGUGCAGAAUUUAGCCAUGUAAAAGUUCCUCAUCGAUGCAAGAUCAAACAAGAGACACCAAGAUCAAAAUUUGCUCCCUGUUUUAGGUUUUAUUCCCAGAA